AUGAUGCACUGCAAAACCAAGGCACAGGAGUUGAACGGAGCCCUUCGAGCUGCGAUAGCAGCCAAAAACCCAGCAGAACUAACGCGUCUCUUGAAAUCCAUUAGGGAAGAUCUUCAAUGGGCCUAUGUUUUCAAUGAGGCGGUAAUUUUAGCGGAAACAGUUAUGUUAGUGGGAGAAGCGUUUCCGUCCGAUGAGGGGAUAAGAACACUUGUGGAGAUGGUCAAAAAGACCCUUACGUCGAUGAUACUACCUCUCGAGAAAAUCUCCCAGGAAUGGUGGACUGAGCCUGCGCAACCUGCAUCUCCCUCGAUCACUCUCAUAUUUCGGGACACAACUUCGAGUUUUCAGCCCUUGCGAGUCAAUGACAAUUGGGACACGAUUCCUGUUGAGACAAAUCUGGACGAAGAUUUCAGAAUCGCAUUCUUGCGUUUUCGCGUACGCGCGAACAAGAGACAUCGGCACCCACUCUUACCGUCCCUCGACUUCGAUAUUGUUGUGCCCUCACAAGUAUUGGAAGGCGUCGCGAGCGAGAGUGAAACUACGCUUCUUUCUUCUGAAAAUGCUGGAAAGCAUUCUGUUCGGUCGAUGCUAGACCAGUUGAAACUUGACACUGCACGGGUAGAGUUCACCAUUUCGUACGUUCGUAGUGACCAUCGAAACAUUCUGUCCAAGAAAACUCCUGCCCAGUCCACUCCUCCAUGGCGCAGACUACUCCCGGAUUGGUUUAUAACGACACCCUCUUCCUGGAUUUCCCCAAUCCCUCCUUCUGCCUUUAGUACAAGCGUCUCAGACACCCCAGAGCCGACAACACCGGCGUAUAAGUUCACAAAUUAUUAUCCGGUUCCGCUGCUCAAAUAUACAGGAACUGGGAAAGACAUCUUGCCAGACAUCUCGAGUCCACCCAUUGUAGCUUCACACAUAUAUGUCCCCUUGGACACACACGUGUCUCCUUAUGGGACGAAUACUCUCCUAGCUGGAGAACUUUCUAACGACCUCGCCCAACUCGUUCCUGACGAAGACAGGUUGCCUUUUCCUCUCGCUGAUGAGCAAGCUCAAUCCCUCCUCGGUCGUGUCGUCCAAUAUUCUAUUGUGCCCCUUCAAUCGCACACCGAGCGGCCCAAGAAGAAAGCACGGUCGCAGGUUCUAACCGAGUUUGUUACAGCCGUUUGGGGAUACGACCCGUCCACGAGGAUGCUGCACUGUUUGCAUCCUGCUGGGUUUCUGUCUACGUCAUUCAUUAUAGAUGUUAGCAAGACGGGAAGCCAUUCGAUUUCAGCACCAUCUACGACCGAUGCGUAUGGCGUUGGCACUAAAUUUGCGCACUGGAUCGGGCUCGUAAGCAUACCUGAAGACAAGCUUGCUCGUGCGCGUAGGGACAAGAACGAAAGGGCCACCUCUGCAGGGCAGGAUCCGAUCGUCUCUCCCGAGAUCCAGCCAGUCCCUGACCCACUGCUUGUCAUCAAAACCCUAGAAGCUCUUGUUGGGGAGAUGAACUCGUCGGACGACGCCCGCGUCUUUAAGGUGGCCGAAUCGACCGACAUUCUCAUGCUCGGCGAUGUGCAGCUCUCCAAAGACGGACUAGACUUCGAGCUCAGCAUCACCUCGCUCAAGCCUGGCCGAUGGCACGUCUCUGAAGUAUCUGAGACAGAAGUCCUGCUCACUUGGAUAGAUCCAAUAUCUGAGCAGCACGUGCAUUCGCAAGGUGAACGCCACGCCGCCGUCCAGACUAACGAAUGGGAGGAACUGGGUAGUUUCAGCGUGGAUGGUGGUGUCGCCGGCGCCUUCUUAGCGUCCGCAUUCGAAGACGGGGGCGCUUUACACGGCGUCGGGGGAGACGUUGACUCUGCAGUCAUGCUCGAAACACUCAUGGACCAUCUUCUUGACAGCGAUUCGCGCGUGCUCGCAGUUCCUGGAGGUGCUGUUUUCUCAGGUGAUGAUGGUGGAUACAGAGUCGAGGGGCGAAGAGAUGCUGACGGGAGUGGGGAGCUGGUUGCAAUCAAGGUAAGGUAA